AUGGCUGACAACGCGACCAAGCAGCAGCCCGCCACCUUUUCUGGGCCUUCCAAGGCCCUUCGGACUGACUACCCGCUCAUUGACAACGACCCGUACGUCCGUCCUGCUUCCCUGUGCUUUCAGCAACGACCAUAG